AAAAAACACAACCUCAGAAUCAUUUUCUGCAAUGGAAAUAUACUCUCCUUACCACGUGUCCCUUUCUCCUACCACCCACAAGAUCACCCCUCUGUUUCACUAUCCCAUUCUGCUCUCAACGUCUCACUACCUCCCAUUCAAAGGCGCCAUCUUUGCUCAUCCCCGGAAGGAGGAGCUGUAUAUGUAUUUUCUUUUCCUCAUUUCUGUACUUAUAGAUAUGUCUCACUACUUUUCUUGAUUUUCUUCUUCUUCUUCCUCUUCUUCCAAUUUGAAUUUCUCUGCUGCACAUCAAGAAAGUAAGCAGAGCUACUAACAAUGGCUUCUUCCCUGGUAUCAUCACCAUUUUCACUCACCAAAAUAGCCAAAGACCACCCAAACCCAUUCUUCCUCCACGCGUUCCUCCCCAAGAAACCGACCCAAAUCAGCUCAGCAAGAUCACCCAAGAAGCUCCAGUGUACAGCAAUCGCGAACGGCCUUUUCACACAGACCAGUCAGGAGGUUCGCAGAGUCGUACCGGCCAAUCCUCAGGGCCUUCCCACCGUGAAAGUAGUGUAUGUAGUGUUAGAAGCCCAAUACCAGUCAUCCCUGACUUCAGCUGUUCGAACCCUGAAUUCAACCGGCGACUUCGCUUCGUUCGAGGUUGUGGGUUACUUGGUCGAGGAGCUAAGAGACGGUAACACCUACAAGUCCUUCUGUAAAGAUUUGGAGGACGCAAACAUCUUCAUUGGGUCAUUGAUUUUCGUGGAGGAGCUGGCAUUGAAGGUGAAGUCAGCAGUGGAGAAGGAAAGGGACAGGCUUGACGCGGUCUUGGUGUUCCCUUCAAUGCCUGAAUGUAUGAGGCUGAACAAGUUGGGCUCUUUCAGCAUGUCUCAACUCGGCCAGUCCAAAAGCCCUUUCUUUCAGCUUUUCAAGAAGAAGAAGCCUUCCUCCCCGGGUUUUGCUGAUCAGAUGCUUAAGCUUGUGAGGACACUCCCUAAAGUUCUGAAGUAUUUACCAAGUGACAAAGCCCAAGAUGCCCGCAUGUACAUUCUUAGCCUCCAGUUCUGGCUUGGCGGGUCACCCGAUAACUUGGUGAAUUUCUUGAAGAUGAUAUCUGGGUCAUACGUUCCUGCCCUAAAAGGAGCGAACAUCGGGUAUUCUGAUCCAGUUCUGUAUCUGGACAGUGGAAUUUGGCAUCCAUUGGCUCCUUGUAUGUAUGACGAUGUGAAGGAGUAUUUGAACUGGUAUGGAACAAGAAGGGAUGCUAAUGAUAAGCUGAAGAGCAACAAUGCGCCUGUGAUCGGCUUGGUUCUGCAAAAGAGCCAUAUUGUGACAGGUGACGAGAGUCAUUACGUGGCUGUGAUUAUGGAACUGGAGGCAAGGGGGGCUAAGGUGAUACCCAUAUUCGCUGGUGGGUUGGACUUUUCCGGUCCUGUCGAGAGAUAUUUGAUUGAUACUGUGAGUAAGAAGCCUUUUGUGAAUGCGGUUGUGUCUUUGACUGGUUUCGCCCUUGUUGGUGGACCCGCAAGGCAGAAUCACCCGAGGGCGAUUGAAGCAUUGAUGAAACUUGAUGUGCCAUAUAUAGUGGCAUUGCCAUUGGUGUUUCAAACCACUGAGGAAUGGCUUAACAGCACAUUGGGAUUGCACCCUAUUCAGGUGGCUCUUCAGGUUGCUCUCCCUGAGCUUGAUGGUGGGAUGGAGCCCAUCGUGUUUGCCGGGCGGGACCCCAGAACAGGGAAAUCUCAUGCUCUUCACAGGAGAGUUGAACAGCUUUGCACUCGUGCAAUCAGGUGGGCAGAACUAAAAAGAAAAUCAAAGACUGAAAAGAAGCUAGCAAUCACAGUCUUCAGCUUCCCUCCAGACAAAGGUAAUGUUGGAACAGCUGCAUAUCUGAAUGUCUUUGCCUCCAUAUUCUCUGUCCUCAAAGAUCUCAAGAAUGACGGUUAUAACGUUGAGGGCCUGCCGGAGACAUCGGGGGCUUUAAUCGAAGAUAUAAUCCACGACAAAGAAGCCCAGUUUAACAGCCCGAAUCUCAAUGUAGCUUACAAGAUGAACGUGAGAGAGUACCAGCAGCUAACCCCCUACGCCACUGCACUUGAAGAGAACUGGGGAAAGCCACCUGGAAACUUGAACUCUGAUGGGGAGAACCUCUUGGUUUAUGGAAAACAGUAUGGGAAUGUGUUCAUAGGUGUUCAACCCACAUUCGGUUAUGAGGGAGAUCCAAUGAGGCUUCUGUUUUCCAAGUCAGCGAGCCCUCAUCACGGGUUCGCAGCAUACUAUUCCUAUGUGGAGAAGAUAUUUGGAGCUGAUGCUGUUCUUCACUUUGGCACUCAUGGCUCCCUUGAAUUCAUGCCUGGAAAACAAGUAGGUAUGAGUGAUGUUUGUUUCCCAGAUAGUCUCAUUGGAAACAUCCCAAAUGUCUAUUACUAUGCAGCUAAUAACCCGUCCGAGGCGACUAUCGCCAAACGGAGGAGUUAUGCGAACACCAUCAGCUACUUGACCCCACCUGCAGAGAAUGCCGGUCUCUACAAGGGACUCAAACAACUCGGCGAGCUCAUAUCCUCCUACCAAUCCCUUAAAGAUACAGGCCGUGGCCCGCAAAUCGUCAAAUCCAUCAUUAGCACGGCCCGACAGUGCAAUCUUGAUAAAGACGUUGAUCUUCCCGAGGAGGGGCAAGAAGAAGAAAUCAUCGUCUCCCCGAAACAAAGAGACCUUGUGGUCGGAAAAGUCUACUCCAAAAUCAUGGAGAUUGAGUCACGUCUCUUGCCAUGCGGGCUCCAUGUCAUCGGAGAACCACCAUCUGCCAUGGAGGCGGUUGCAACGCUCGUCAACAUCGCAGCGUUGGACCGGCCUGAAGACGGGAUCUCUUCCCUUCCAUCGAUACUCGCUGCGACAGUGGGGAGAGAGAUAGAAGAUGUAUAUAGAGGGAAUGAUAAUGGCAUAUUGCGUGAUGUGGAGCUUCUGCGCCAGAUCACUGAUGCAUCUCGUGGGUCGAUCACGGCCUUUGUGGAACGCACCACCAACAACAAGGGUCAGGUCGUUGACGUGGCCGACAAGCUGACGUCUAUCCUUGGGUUCGGGAUAAAUGAACCGUGGGUCCAGUAUUUGUCGAACACAAAGUUCUACAGAGCUGACCGAGAAAAACUUAGGGUUCUGUUCCAGUACUUGGGAGAGUGCUUGAAGCUAGUGGUUGCUGAUAAUGAGUUGGGUAGCCUGAAACAAGCUCUGGAAGGGAAGUACGUCGAACCUGGUCCAGGCGGUGACCCAAUCCGAAACCCAAAAGUUUUACCGACAGGAAAGAACAUUCACGCCUUGGACCCACAGGCCAUUCCUACGGCUGCUGCAAUGCAGAGCGCAAAGGUUGUUAUUGAGAGGUUGCUUGAGAGGCAGAAAGGUGAUAACGGAGGCAAAUACCCCGAGACAGUUGCACUUGUGCUCUGGGGAACUGAUAACAUAAAGACAUAUGGGGAGUCACUGGCUCAGGUCAUGUGGAUGAUCGGAGUAAUGCCCGUUGCAGAUUCGCUUGGGCGGGUUAACCGUGUAGAGCCCGUCAGUCUUGAAGAGCUGGGUAGGCCCAGAAUAGAUGUUGUUGUCAACUGCUCUGGAGUGUUCAGGGACCUCUUCAUCAAUCAGAUGAAUCUCCUUGAUCGGGCGGUGAAAAUGGUUGCUGAGUUGGAUGAGCCGGAUGAUCAAAACUUCGUGAAAAAGCAUGCAGUAGAACAAGCAAAGGAACUCGGUGUUGAAGUUCGGGAAGCUGCCUCAAGGAUCUUCUCCAAUGCAUCCGGCUCGUAUUCCUCCAAUAUAAACCUUGCAGUUGAGAAUUCCACGUGGAAUGACGAGAAGCAGCUUCAGGACAUGUACUUGAGCCGGAAGUCGUUUGCAUUCGACUCUGAUGCUCCAGGUGCAGGCAUGACUGAGAAGCGCAAAGUAUUUGAGAUGGCUCUUAGCACUGCUGAGGCCACGUUCCAGAACCUUGACUCCUCCGAGAUCUCUCUAACUGAUGUUAGCCAUUACUUUGAUUCUGACCCAACAAACCUCGUCCAGAAUCUUAGGAAAGAUGGGAAGAAGCCAAAUGCAUACAUUGCUGACACAACCACUGCUAAUGCACAGGUGCGCACACUCUCUGAGACCGUGAGGCUUGAUGCGAGAACCAAGCUAUUGAACCCGAAGUGGUACGAAGGCAUGCUAUCAACGGGCUAUGAAGGGGUUCGCGAAAUUGAGAAACGGUUGACUAACACGGUAGGGUGGAGUGCAACUUCAGGGCAAGUGGAUAACUGGGUGUACGAGGAGGCCAACACUACAUUCAUUCAGGACGAGGAGAUGUUGAACAGGCUUAUGAACACCAACCCGAAUUCUUUCAGGAAACUGUUGCAGACAUUCUUGGAGGCAAAUGGGCGUGGCUAUUGGGAAACCUCUGCAGACAAUAUUGAGAAGCUAAGACAACUUUACUCUGAAGUUGAAGAUAAGAUCGAGGGCAUUGACAGGUAAAUGCAUGUACAGACCAAAAACCAAACCAUCUUUGGUCGUUUUUUAUAUAGGAGAACACAUUUGGUUGUUUAAUAUAGACAAACUGUCCUUUGAUCCCUCUUGUAAGGAGCCAAAAAUGCUUCUAAUAACUAAGAGCCUAGGAAGUUUGGUACAUCAACUUUUACUAAAAACUCGAAAAAUGCCCGUUGUGAAUGUGAGAGCCUUGUAUUCGGUUAACGAUUAGGAUUACUAGGCCGGUAAAUGAACUAUCUGGGGAAUAGAUCUUGUUGGAUUUCUUGUGUUUAUUUGUGAAUCAAAUGUAUCCAAAUGAAAUUUGUUUUAAACUUGAAGCACCAAACGAAUAUAAUCUUAUACUCCG